CUUCUUGACCACCAACACAAUCAGCGAGUCGGCUCAUCGCUGCAGAUGCCUAGAGUUCAAGCCACCUGCCGUACAUGGUUAAGAUCUGCACCCUUUUGGUUACCCAUCGUAGUAGGGAAUCAAUUCUCGAGAACGACGAACGUGAGGGGCAAGUAUAUGUAUCACGUCGGUUCAGUCACUUCUCAGUGUCUAGACAAGUUAACAAGUCUUGAACAGCAGUCAUGGGUCGUUUAGAUGGUAAAGUCGCUAUCGUUACAGGCGCCGCUUCUGGCUUUGGCCAAGGCAUCGCCGAGCACUUUGCUGAAGAGGGUGCCAAAGUCCUCAUCUGCGACAUCAACGAAGAAGCAGGCCGAAAAGUAGCCGCGACGUCUGAAUCAUUUGCAUUUCAGACCAUGAAUGUCACUAAGACAGCAGAUUGGCAAAGUGCUGUUGAGAAAGCUGUUCAGCUCUGGGGACAUCUUGACAUUCUGGUCAAUAAUGCUGGUACAAGCUACGAGAACAAGAGUACCAAUUUGGUCACCGAGGAAGAAUUCGACAAGGUCAUGAGCGUCAACGUCAAGAGCGUCUUUCUCGGCAGCAACGCCUUCACAGCCCAGAUAAAAAAACAAGGCACAAAAGGCUCAAUGAUCAACAUCGCCUCCGUAGGCGCUCAUCGACCUCGUCCCGGUCUAGUAUGGUACAACGCAUCCAAGGGAGCAAUCACAAACGCUACCAUGGGUCUUGCAGCGGAAUAUGGUCCGGAUGGAAUACGCGUCAAUUCUAUUUGUCCCCUGGCGACCAUGACAGGUCUUCUUCCCACGUUUAUUGGGAAAGAGAUCACGCCGGAGGUUCAGAAGGCGCUGGGGAAUGUUCCGCUUGGAAGGAUGGGGGAGAUAAGAGAUGUUACUAAAGCAGCGGUGUUUUUGGCGAGUGAGGAGGCGUCAUUUAUCACUGGUGUUAACCUUGAUGUUGAUGGGGGGAGGGCAAUCUAGAUGCUGAUACCUGUAGCCACUCAUUAACUGAGAGAACAAUGGAGUGAAACACAAGGGUUGUUCGCCGGAGCAUUGUCCGGCACAUUCCGCGCUUCAAGCGAGAAUGAUACAAGAGACAGCUAAGACCCCCUAUGCAGCUUGUCGAUCAAUUUCCCAGGGUCUGAUUCCUUUGGCUGUUGGUGAACAUGUGAAUGCUCGGCAUUAGUGCUGUAACCCCAGCACUCGUCACAUUUGCCGCGUAUGGC